AUGCGGACCGCCGCCACUCCGGGGCCUCCUCCUCCCCGCCGCGGGGCCGGGGCCGGGGCCGGGGCCGGGGCCGGAGAGGAGUCCAGCGAAUGCCUCUUGGGGCCAACCUCGCCGCGGCGGGGCCGCCGGUCAACUGUGGGCCUUCGCCUCCGCAACGCUCUGCGGCGGUUUCUGCGGUCGUACCGGAUGCAGUCCUACGUGUCCCUCACCUUCGCCGUCGCCUACCACCUUAUGCACCUCCUCCUGCUUGUCGCCGCCAUCGCGUCGCCCCUCACCGUGCGCUCACUACUCUUCCGGGACGAGUACAACGCGCACUACGCACUCACGGCCCGCGACACAAGCGGAACCCGCUGCGUUGGCGUCUGGACGGUGCAUGCCUUUGAGUUGCCACGAAACGAGUUGCAGGGAGGCAGGGUGCCCUGGUCGCAGCCCCAGUGUGAGGCAGGACAGCCCACAACAAACACCACGUCUGGGGAUUUUCUGCGCAUGUGGGAGGCCUCUCCGCUGUCCUUGCUAACGUAUUACUACUCCUAUCUGAUUUGCUCCUUCUGCGUCGUCGCUUGCCUAACGCGUGGUAGGCUCAGCGGGUACGUCGCGCUACUGCAGCUCGUAUUUGGGGGCUUGGAGUUGCUCUGGUACAUCCGGCACAACUCCUUCUCCUUUACCUUGUUUUUCUGGCUUGCCGCGCUGUCCCCACAGUUCCCGCGUCCGUGGGUGCCGUUCGCCAAGCGACACCCCGGCGGAGGCGUCACGUUUCAUGUGUUCAAUCGAAGUGGCGUGGAGUCCGCCUCGCCGCCUCAGCAGGUGGAGCUGACCCCGGCGGAGUACAUGCUUCCCUACACCGCCACGCUGGAGGCGACCGUCUUCCGCGUCACCGUUGUCUUUCUUGUCAUUCUCACCGCGUGUUUCGUGCUAAACUUUCAACGAGUGUUGGACGCCGUCGUUGGCGUUCGCGCGCUCGCCGUCGCCGAUGGCCACCGCCGCUGCCCUCUCUGCGGGGAGGAGUGGGAUAUCGCGACGGAGACCGCAGAGAGGCCCGCGAGCGUCAACGACAACAGUCGCACCGACGAGAAGGAGAAGCGCACGGCAGGCGGGACGCUUGUGGGUGCCGCCGUUGUGACGGCGAUGCCGCUGCCUGUCCUUCCACGCCCGGCAGAUCGGCACCGCUGUCGCAGGCUCUUCAACGACGGGGAAGCGAGCAGCGGCGUCUUCGACACGACGGGCUACGGCUCCACCGACCUUGAGCUCUUCGGCACCGACGACGACGACGACGACGAGGGGGAUGAGGUGGAGGAGGGUGUUGUGGGGGCGCAGCAGGUUGGAGCUGCCCGCGCUCGCCUGCCGCCCACCAGCGCCGGCAGACCUCCCGCGCAGAAGCCGCGGAGGCGACGGCUAAAUCGCAGCUUUUCGCAGCUGCCGUCGUACGGCACGAUGGGGACCAACGAGCCCGAGGAGGGGCGCCCGCCGUAUGACCCCUUUUCCGGCCGCGAGGACGAGUUCCGCCCCGGCAACGCCUUCCCGUCGCUGGAGGACGCCGGCUGGGCGGCGCGGUGGACGUACAGUUGGCUUACUCCCCUGAUGAGCUUCAGCGCCAUCGACAGCGAGGUGCUGCACCACGAGCGCUUCCUCCCUUCCCUUCCUGAGGGGUUUACCGCGCUGCAGAACAUCGCCACACCGGCGUGGCAGCUCUGGGUGAACCGUUGGCGCUGGUUUGGGAAGGCGCGAGGAGGCGAGGAGCGGGAGGGCCCCGACAUCGGCGGCGCACACGGCGAGGACGGCGACGGCAGCUCCGACGACGGAACGUUCGUCACAAUCCGUCAGCAUCGCCCAUUGACGGGGGCAAAGCUGCGGCCCAGGCGCCCGAGGCGGUCUUUCUGGAUGUCCUCCUUCCUCUUUUUUACCGCGCCGCUUCGCUGGGCCCUCCGCAAGGCCUUUGUGAGCAUCUUUCUUAGCGAGAAGCGUGGGACGGAGGCCUCGGAAAGCGACGAGGUGGACGACAAAAAAGUGGACCGUCGCGGCGGCAGCAACAGUAUGAGACGCAGGAGCACUGUCUCGGCACUGUUGGAUGCGGCGAUCAAACUGCGGUCAAAUUUAUUCUCGACGGACGUGGGACUUUUUACGCUUUUCCUCGAGCACCGCAGCGGGCGACGUUUCAUGUAUUCGUGUGUGCCGCUACGCCUCAUUUCAGAUGCGCUGAUUCUCUCAACCUCGGCCAUUGUGUACCAUCUCACCCUCGCCAUAGAAAGGGAGAGCCUGGAGGGGGUGAUGCAUCCGAUUGGCGUGUGUGGGAUCUUGUUUCUUGUCUUGCUGGGACACGCGGUGCUGCGGCAGGAGUACAUAAGUCAACUCUACCUCUCCGCGCUGGAGGUGGGCACGGCGAUCCGGGCCCUGGUGCUGGAGAAGUCUCUGGCGCUGCCGCUGGCGCAGCGCACCCUCACCAAAGGCGAGGUCAUUCACCUCAUCACCGUUGACGCCUCACGCUGCAGCCAAACGUUAAUGCAGCUGCACCAAUCCUGGCGGUGUCCAUGCUUUGCGGCUGCCUCAUUUUACAUUUUGCACAUGCACGUCGGCCUCCUUCCCACGCUCGCGGCGCUGCUUAUUAUUAUUAUUGCGACCCCGCUUCAGCGCGUGACGGGAGGGGAGGUGCAGGCGGCACAGCGGCGGUGUACGUCCCGGACGGCGGACCGGGUGGAGCUCGUUGGCGAGGCGUUGGCCUCCAUGCGACAGGUGAAGGCAAUGGGCGCGGAGCAUCUCUACCUGCGCGGCAUCCACCUCGCCCGCCAGACGGAGACAAAAGACGAGGUUGGCGCCAUGGAGGCAACAACGCGAUCUGCCUGGCUGGCAGACGGCAUCGGGGUGGCGCUCGCGUCUGCCUGCUACACGGCUUACUACCUCACCGGCGGGUCACUCACGGCGCGCGUCGUGGUGCCUGCCCUUGUCGCACUAAAUCUUUUGCGUGGUGUCGUUAAUGAGUGGCCAGCGGUCGUGGCGGCCAUCCCACGCGGAUUUGCGUCACUGCGACGCAUUGAAGCCUAUCUGCAGCAGGCCCCGGAUGAGUUCUUGGGCACUUGGGUCGACGUCACGGCGGACUGGUCGCACCGGCGAGGCACGGUCAUCUGCCAUGGCUGCUCCUUCACGUGGCAGGACGACGCCGCCCGGGGGCCCCCAACGCCGGUGCUGCGGGAUGUAAACAUGUUUCUAAGGCCCAGGGAGCUGGUGGUGGUGCAGGGGCCCCUCGGCUCCGGGAAGAGCACGCUGCUGCUGGCGAUACUCGGCGAGGUAAACCGGUGUUGCACCACCGCCACUUUAGCAGCCGCAGCCGCCGGGGACAAAACUCCCACAGAGCCGGCUCCUGGCGGGGCCGCUGCGGGUGUCUGCGUCGCCCCCUUUUCCCCCAACGUGGCCACGCAGGCAGCGCGUGCUCAAUUCGACGCCGCCCAGCCAUCCACGGACGGCUUCGCCGUCUUUGGACGCUCCGCCUACUGCUCCGAGACACCUUGGCUACAAAACGACACAAUACGGGCAAACAUUAUCCUGAGCAGCGUGUACAAUGCACGCUGGUAUCACGCCGUCACGCAGGCGUGCGCCCUCCACGAGGACUUUGCCACACUCGCCAAGGGUGAUGAGUCGGUUGUGGGGGCCAAGGGCGUGCAGCUCUCUGCGGGGCAGCGGGUGCGUGUUGCCUUGGCACGCGCCUUGUACUCUCGCGCAGACGUGUACGUGCUCGACAACAUUCUUGCCUCCUUGGAUGCCCGUCUGCAGGCACACAUCAUUGACCGGGUGUUCCACGGGAUCCUGCGGAACCGCACCGUUAUUCUCGCGACGUACGUGGGCCUUGCUCGGUUAAAGCCAAAGCGAUUCUUCACACUGCACCACGACGGCACGGUCGUGGAGGCGGCGGCGGCGGCGGCGGCGGCGGGGAGGCGGCGGAGGCGGAGGCGGAGGCGGAGGCGCAGCGGUCGGCGUAUUUGUAUGCGGCGGAGUGCGAGGAGCCAGCGGUGGCCAGCGAGUGUGAGUUCGAUGAGGAAGACGCCGACGAGAAUGAGGAGGACGGCGGCGGUUCCCCCACUAGCUUCGGCAAAACGCACGGUCUGGGGUGCAACCACCUUAAGCAGGGAGCCGCCUACCUGCGACGCUUCCUCUCCUUUAUGGGCCCCAGCUUACUUUGGCUUGUGCUCACCAGUGUGGCACAGCACGUGCUGCAGGUGGGCAAAGACGUGUGGCUGA